UCUGCCACGUGUCGGCGCAUAAUAGGCCAAGGAGGGAGGCUCUGUUAUGCUACAAAAGCCACUCCCAUUUCCCGUUCCUCAUGCCACUCUAGUCUCUAAUUAAAUCACAGUGCACUUAAUUACUAAGUCGGCGUUUCUUACUCACAGCUCCUCCGUCAUCGAAGGCGUGAAUUGAGAAUGGCGACAGUGACGGCCUCUUACGUGGUGUCGGGAAGCGCGUGUGGCGCGUGGGGAACGGAGGCCAAGCUGAAUUCGCCUCAGGGGAGUGUGAGUGUGAGUGUGAGUGUGAGUCUCAACGGCCAGGGGUUGAGUUACGAUGGCUUGAGAUCUCUCAACAAGGUGCACGUGGGAGCCACACGUGCGAUCAAAUCCAAAACCUCUGCGUCUACCGAAAGUGACGGAGCUUUGAGGAAGAUUGAGUGUGGGAUGAACUUGGUGUUUGUGGGGACUGAGGUGGCACCUUGGAGCAAAACUGGUGGUCUUGGUGAUGUUCUUGGAGGACUUCCACCAGCUUUGGCUGGACAUGGACACCGUGUUAUGACAGUGUCCCCGCGUUACGACCAAUACAAGGAUGCAUGGGACACAAAUGUGUUAGUAGAGGUUAAAGUUGGAGAUAGAAUAGAAACUGUCCGUUUCUUUCACUGCUAUAAGAGAGGAGUUGAUCGUGUUUUUGUGGACCACCCAUGUUUCCUUGAGAAGGUAUGGGGCAAGACUGGAUCAAAACUCUAUGGCCCAAGGGCUGGAAUAGAUUAUGAAGAUAACCAACUUAGAUACAGCUUGUUAUGCCAGGCUGCACUUGAGGCACCAAGGGUUUUGAACUUAAACAGCAGCAAAUAUUUCUCAGGACCUUAUGGUGAAGAUGUAAUCUUUAUUGCCAAUGAUUGGCACACUGCCCUUCUUCCAUGCUACUUGAAGUCAAUGUACCAGCCCAGGGGGAUUUACCAAAACGCUAAGGUUGCAUUUUGUAUUCAUAACAUAGCAUACCAGGGUAGACAUGCCUUUGAGGACUUCUCUCUUCUCAAUUUACCUAAUGAUUUCAGGAGCUCUUUUGCCUUCACUGAUGGGCAUUAUAAGCCUGUGAAGGGAAGGAAAAUUAACUGGAUGAAGGCUGCAAUAUUGGAAUCAGACCGAGUACUCACUGUAAGUCCCUAUUAUGCCAAGGAACUUGUUUCCGGAGAGGAUAAGGGUGUAGAAUUGGACAAUGUAAUUCGUACACGUGGCAUCACUGGUAUUGUGAACGGCAUGGAUGGUCGGGAAUGGAGUCCACGAACUGAUAAAUUCAUAGAUCUACACUACGAUGCAACCACUGUCACCGAAGCAAAAUUGCUGCUGAAAGAAGCCCUCCAAGCAGAGGUUGGCUUGCCUGUUGACCGGAAUAUCCCUCUGAUAGGCUUCAUUGGUAGGCUUGAAGAGCAGAAAGGUUCAGAUAUUCUUGUGGAAGCUAUCCCAAAGUUCAUUGACCAGGAUGUUCAAAUUAUAGUUCUUGGAACUGGCAAAAAGACCAUGGAGAAGCAAAUUGAAAAACUAGAGGAAAUGUAUCCUGAAAAGGCCAGAGGGGUAGCAAAAUUCAACGGUCCCUUGGCUCACAAGAUUAUUGCUGGAGCUGACUUUAUGGUGAUCCCAAGUAGAUUUGAACCCUGCGGUCUAGUUCAGUUGCAUGCCAUGCCAUAUGGAACGGUGCCCAUAGUUUCCUCCACUGGUGGUCUCGUUGACACCGUUAAAGAAGGGUAUACUGGAUUCCACAUGGGAGCAUUCAAUGUUGAAUGUGAAUCUGUUGAUCAAGCUGAUGUGAAAAAGUUGACAACUACCAUAAAGAGAGCCCUAAGAGCCUAUGGUACCUCAGCAAUGAAACAAAUGAUCCAGAACUGCAUGGCCCAAGACUUUUCAUGGAAGGGACCAGCCAAACAAUGGGAAAAGGUGCUGUUGACCCUUGAGGUUGCUGGCAGCGAACCUAGAAUUUAUGGUGACGAGAUUGCUCCUCUUGCAAAGAAAAACGUUGUCACUCCUUGAGCACCACUUUUGAUGUCCUGAUUUUGAUUAUGGUCAUGGUCAAGAACGUUAUCUAAUACUCGCCAACAGUCUGCUUAUAGACGUACGUAGUUUGAUCCACGAGUUCAAACGGAGGAAUGGAGGUUCAAGCCACAAGUAUAAAACAAAAACUAACAUUAAGGUUUUUCAUAAGCAAGGUCUUGCAACCAGUGAAAUCCGAAGCACCUGUGUUGGAAUAAAUUAGCGUAAGUGAAUAAAGGUGAAUCUAUAUGUAUGCUUCCAUGUCGUAGGAAGGAGCAUAUCAUGUUUUUAUUUUCUGAUGUUAUGUUAUUGUCAUUAGACUCGCACUCUCGCUCUUUAUGUACUCUGGAACAAGUUUUAAGCAUUUCGCAAGUUCAGACUAGUGCAAAUCAAAUAAGUUGUAUGCAAGCAUCUAGAUUAACGUAUUUAUAUGGAUGUUGUUUCCCUUGCAGUUU